CUCACCUGCGUGUCACGGGUCACGUGUGCGCCGUACGUCACGUCCGCAGCGGCGUUCUCGUCAGUUUGGUCAUAGAUUCUCAAAAUGGACACAUAUUAUGCAGAAGGAACAUCUCCGUAGAAAGCAAGUUCCUGCCUCCAGUACCGAGCCCCGCUGCAGCGACGAUGUUCCCCAGCCUGGCCCACAGACCAUGGCAUGUGUUCUGCAGGGUGUCGUUGCAGCACAGGUCCCCCCUGUCACAGCGGUGCCCGAGGUUCCCCCAGCUGUGCUACGGGUCACAGAGUGGAGGCAUACACAGCCUGUGGUUCAGCCUCCCGGACUGCCGUGUUGCCUCUCUAGGGCUGGGCAAGGUGCAGUACUACUCUACCUCUGGUGACAGUAAAGAUGGUCCUCCAAAAUCCGCAUCAGCUGAGGCCCCAACAGCAGAAGGGGUCUUGUCUGCUGCUGCGAAAGCCGCCCCACCUUUAUCAGAACUGGGAAAUACUUCUGGGUCCAUACCUAAGGGGCUUACUAAAGCUGAGACUAUUCAAGUCAAAGUUCGGGCAGUCCUGAAGAAAAGGGAAUAUGGAGCCAAGUACACUCAGAACAACUUUAUCACUGCAGUCAGAGCCAUGAACGAGUUCUGCCUCAAACCAAGUGAUCUGGAACAGCUUCGCAAGAUCAGAAGACGCAGCCCCCACGACGACACAGAGGCGUUCACUGUCUUUUUGCGGUCAGACGUAGAAGCCAAAGCAAUAGACGUAUGGGGAAGCCACGAAGCUCUAGCCCGAGAGAGAAAUCUCAGGAAAGAGGUGGAGAGAGAGUACCAAGAGAGUACUUUUCGGAAUCAACAAUUGUUGAAGGAAUACAAACACUUUUGGGGAAACACUAAGCCUCGAUCAGGCAAGAGGACGACAUUUCUACAAGGACCGGGGAAGGUGGUCAUGGUCGCUAUUUGCAUCAAUGGGCUGAAUUUCAUCUUCAAGCUCCUGGCUUGGGUCUACACUGGAUCGGCUAGCAUGUUCUCCGAGGCCAUCCACUCUCUGGCUGACACCUGCAACCAGGCUCUGCUCGCCCUGGGGAUCAGCCAAUCUGUCCGCAACCCUGACGCUGGGCACCCAUAUGGCUUCUCCAACAUGCGCUACAUUGCGUCCCUCAUCAGUGGGGUUGGCAUUUUUAUGAUGGGAGCAGGCCUCUCCUGGUACCACGGCAUCAUGGGAUUGCUGCACCCAGAACCCAUGGAAUCUUUGUUAUGGGCUUACUGUAUUUUGGCGGGCUCUCUGGUGUCUGAAGGAGCCACGUUGCUAGUUGCCGUCAAUGAGAUAAAGAAGAGCUCCCGCAAGCACGGAAUUUCUUUUUAUGAAUAUGUAAUGCAGAGUCGAGACCCCAGCACUAAUGUCGUGCUGCUGGAGGAUGCUGCUGCUGUAUUAGGGGUCACCAUGGCUGCUUGUUGCAUGGGGCUCACCUCACUUACAGGUAACCCGCACUUUGACAGUUUGGGUUCUCUUGGCGUGGGCACGUUGCUGGGCACCGUCUCAGCCUUCCUCAUCUACACUAACACAGAGGCCCUGCUGGGACGCUCCAUACAGCCUGAACGUGUACAGAAGCUGACAGAGUUCCUGGAGAACGACCCUGCUGUAAGGGCCAUCCACGAUGUGAAGGCCACUGAUUUGGGACUGAGUAAAGUGCGCUUCAAGGCUGAAGUUGACUUUGACGGCCGAGUGGUGACACGGUCUUAUCUGGAAAAACAAGACAUUGACCAAAUCCUCAACGUAACAUCGUGUAUUGCCUCCCUGGACUCUGUCGCUGCCAAAGCUAAGUGUGCUCUUGUUUUGUCCCCGCAGGAAAUUCAGCCAGGUGAGAGACCCCCCGGAGGAGCUGAGAACUUCAUGCGUGAAACACGGAGAAAACAUCAUAUACACCCUGGGGGCCGAGGUGGACCGCUUGGAGAAAGAACCAAGUCGCAGCACGGGACACACCUGCCUGCCUAA